AGAGAAAUUUAAAUAUAAAUAAUAUAUUACUUUGGUUUCUAUUUGUUUUAACAGUAUUUCAAAUGUAAAUAAAUAUAGAGGAAAUUAUUGUAUAUCAUAUUUAUAAGUAAUAUACAUUUUAUACAAUGCCGAAAGAACAAUUCAGACAAACGGAUCGAGUAAAAGAUAUUUCACAUGUUACUUUCGGAGUGGAUAGUGCUGAGAGCAUUCAGCAACAAGCUCACAUUCAAAUAUUUGAUAAAAAUUUGUAUAGUCAAGGGGGCCAACGAAUUCCAACGCAAUAUGGAGUUAUGGAUCGUAGAAUGGGAACAAGUGAAAAGGAUGCGAAGUGUGAGACUUGCAAUAAGGGCUUAACAGAUUGUAUGGGUCAUUAUGGUUAUUUAGACUUGGCCUUACCUGUAUUUCAUGUUGGUUAUUUCAAGCAUAUUAUAAAUAUUUUACAAACAAUAUGUAAAACUUGUGGUCAUGUAAUGCUUAAACCAGCAGAUAAAAAGAUAUUAACCAGGAGAAUGAUGAAUCCUAAUAUAACGUGCUUACAGAAAAAACAAUUACGAGCACAGGUUUUAGAUAAAGCUAAAAAGUUGUCUAAAUGCCCAAAUUGUGAGGCAAUAAAUGGAAUCGUUAAAAAAAAUCCUGGAGGCUUUAUGAAAAUUGUACAUGACAAAUUUAGAGGAAAGAAACCCACAGAUACACUAGUAACAUCAUAUUUAGAUUCGAUGGCUGAAGCAAGGGAAGAAAAUCGAGAUUUGGGUCAAGUUGGAAAUUCUGCAUUAGCUCAAGAUCUAAAUCCUGUGGAAGUUUUAAAGUUGUUCAAAAAAGUUCCAGAUUCAAAUAUUUUUUUAUUGGGAAUGAAUACUACACGAAGUCGACCGGCAGAUUUGAUUUUAACAAGAAUACUAGUUCCACCCGUAUGCAUAAGGCCAUCUGUUGUAUCUGACAUCAAAGCCGGAACGACUGAAGAUGAUCUAACUAUGAAGCUGUCAGAAAUCCUUUUAAUAAAUGAAGUGAUAAAAAAACACAUGCUAACGGGUGGUAAAGUAGAAUUGAUUCAAGAGGAUUGGGAUUUCUUGCAACUUCACUGUGCUCUCUAUUUUAAUAGUGAAGUUACUGGUGUACCAUUAGGAAUGCAACCAAAAAAAUCAUCAAAAGGUUUAGUUCAGAGAUUGAAAGGAAAGCAAGGUCGAUUUCGAGGUAAUCUUUCUGGAAAACGUGUUGAUUUUUCAGCAAGAACUGUGAUUUCUCCAGAUCCGAAUUUACAAAUUCACCAGGUUGGGGUUCCUGUAUAUGUGGCAAAAGUAUUGACAUAUCCUGAACGAGUACAUCCUGCUAAUUUGCAAAGAAUGAAACAACUCGUGAAAAAUGGUCCAGAUGUACAUCCUGGAGCAAACUAUGUACAACAGAAAGGCAGCGAUUUCAAAAAAUUUUUGCAAUACGGAAAUCGUGCAAAAAUUGCUCAAGAACUAAAAUGCGGUGAUACAGUUGAAAGACAUCUAUGUGAUGGAGAUGUGGUAUUAUUUAACCGGCAACCUAGUUUGCACAAAUUAAGUAUUAUGUGUCACAGAGCCAAAGUUCAACCCCAGAGAACUUUUAGAUUUAAUGAAUGUGUUUGCACUCCUUAUAAUGCUGAUUUUGAUGGCGACGAAAUGAAUUUGCAUCUUCCACAAACUGAAGAAGCAAGAGCGGAGGCCCUUGUCCUAAUGGGAAAUACAUCAAACUUAGUAACACCCAGAAAUGGAGAGUUAACAAUUGCAGCAACACAAGAUUUUAUCACAGGUGGUUAUCUUUUAACACAAAGAGAUGAAUUCUUGACUCAUGAGCAGGCUAUGCAAUUGGCAGCAUGCUUUCUUGCUGGACCAGAUGCAACAUUGCAAAUUGAUUUACCUGAGCCAGCCAUAUUGAAACCUCGAAGAUUAUUUACAGGAAAACAAAUAUUUAGUCUAUUGUUGAAACCUAAUAAAGAAUGCCCAGUUAUGGCAAAUCUUGUUACUAGUGGAAGAAAUUACACAAAAAAUAAAGACAUGUGUGUUCGUGAUUCUUUCGUAAUUAUAAGAAACUCAGAAUUACUCUGUGGAUCGAUGGAUAAGAAAACAUUAGGUUCUGGCACUAAGAAUUCAAUAUUUUACAUUCUAUUGCGAGAUUGGGGUGAAGAAGUUGCUUGUAAAGCUAUGUGGCGGUUGGCCAGGCUAGCUUCUUACUUCUUGAUGAAUCGUGGAUUCAGUUUUGGCAUUAGCGAUGUAACACCUAGUGCCAGACUUAUUGAACUCAAAAAUAUGUUACUAGAGCAAGGAUAUAAAAAAUGCGACGAAUAUAUAGCUGAGAUGAAAAAAGGUACUUUGACAUGUCAGCCUGGUUGUACUGCUGAGGAAACAUUGGAAUCAAUGAUGUUGAAGGAAUUGUCAUCAAUAAGAGAAACAGCUGCUAAAGCCUGUUUUGCUGAAUUGCCACCGACAAAUGCCCCACUUAUUAUGGCACAAUCUGGUUCCAAAGGAUCCAAUAUCAACAUAUCUCAGAUGAUAGCUUGCGUAGGUCAACAGGCCAUAAAUGGAAAGCGAGUUCCAAAUGGUUUUGAAGAUCGUGCGUUACCUCAUUUUGAGAAAUUUUCAAAAAAUCCAGCUUCUAGAGGUUUUGUGGAAAAUAGUUUCUUUUCUGGUCUUACUCCGACAGAGUUCUUCUUUCACACUAUGGCUGGCAGAGAAGGUCUUGUUGAUACUGCUGUCAAAACAGCUGAGACGGGUUAUCUUCAGAGACGUUUGGUUAAAUGUUUAGAAGAUAUAGUGGUACAUUAUGAUAACACUGUUCGAAAUGCUGUUGGUCAAGUAGUGGAAUUUAUUUAUGGAGGAGAUGGAUUGGAUCCAGUUUAUAUGGAAGGAAAGGACAGACCUGUUGAUCUGAGUAGAGUUCUGGAAGAUGUUAAAGCCAGAAAUCCAUGUAGAGAUGAACCAACACUAAGAUACAAUGAAAUAUUAGAUUAUUAUAAAGAACUUAUUAGCAGUUCAGAUUAUGAUUGUUUAAGUGAAGAUUUUAAAAAAGAACAACUAGCAUUUGUCCAUGACGUUGCAGAAAACGUACAAAAAAUUCAACAAAAGUAUGGUCUUAAUUUAAUAGUCACUAGAGAAUUGGAGAGGUUAACUAAAG